GCUUCCCAGCACACAACAUUUCCACUUCAGCGCAGCGUCCAGAGGGCUCCUUUCGCUGGACCAAGUUGAGCCACCCUCUUGCUUUCAUGUGGCACCUCCACAGUCCUCUUCUCUGCGCAACCUUAUACUUGGCUGCGUUUGGAUCUCUCGCGUUCGUCAGGGAAAUGUGUCGAUAGACAUCCAUACUAGUUGAGCUCCAAACAAUAUACAUGAGUAGUCAUUAAGUACCUGCGGAUCUGCUGCAGGAGGGGGAGUUUUUUGCGGCUAGGAACCUUUAAUCACUGAAGGAUCUUUACAGAAGUGAACAAUGCUGAGACUAGAGACUAUCAUUUGCACAUUUUCUGUGCUGUCAGUCGCAGCAGGAGCAGAUUUGAAGGCACGGAACUGCAGCGAGGUGAGGGAGGCUUGCCAAGAGAGGGGCUUUGCCUUCGCACAUGUUCCUCACCAGGAGAUCCCAGGAGAAGAUCUGCGUGUUUGCACUCAUGAAAACACUUGUUGUACCCCAGAAAUGGAGGACAAAUUUGGUCAGCAAAGUAAGCUGGACUUCGAGAAUCUGCUUGAUGAAACAAGUCACACGUUGAGAAGCACGUUUGUGUCCAGACAUAAAAGAUUUGACGAAUUCUUCCUGGAGCUUCUGGACAACACGGAGAGGUCCCUGAAUGAGAUGUUCGUGAGGACCUACGGCAAACCUUACAUGCAGAACGCGGAGGUCUUUGAGAACCUGUUUGCCGAGCUCAAGCGCUACUACACAGGAGGGAACGUUAAUCUGGAGGAAAUGCUUAAUGACUUCUGGUCGCGGCUGCUGGAGCGCAUGUUCACGCUGCUGAACUCUCAGUAUGUCAUCACUGAGGACUAUUUGGAGUGUAUCAGUAAAUACACGGAUGAGCUCAAGCCAUUUGGAGACGUGCCCAGGAAGCUCAAGGCUCAGGUUACUCGUGCAUUCAUUGCUGCACGCACAUUCGUCCAGGGGCUCUCUGUAGGCCGGGAAGUGGCCCAGAGAGUGUCAAAGGUAAACAGCACCCCAGCCUGUAUACGAGGGCUAACAAAAAUGCUGUACUGUUCCUUUUGUCGUGGUAUGCCAGGAGUAAAGCCCUGCAAGAAUUACUGCUUAAAUGUGAUGAAGGGCUGCCUGGCAAACCAAGCUGACCUGGAUCCAGAGUGGAACCAGUACAUCGAUGCCAUGCUGCUGGUGGCGCAGAGACUCGAAGGGCCUUUCAACAUUGAAUCUGUCAUGGAUCCUAUUGAUGUCAAGAUUUCAGAGGCCAUCAUGAAUAUGCAAGAUAACAGCGCCCAGGUUUCCUUCAGGGUUUUCCAAGGCUGUGGCCAGCCGAAACUUGCAGAAAUCUCGAGGUCUGUCCGUGGCGCAUCGGAUGUGCUCAACGCCCGCUUUAGGCCCUACAACCCAGAGGAGCCGCCCACCACUGCAGCUGGCACAAGCUUGGACAGGCUGAGGAUGGUUUGGAGGACGAUGCAAUUCAGUGUUGUCGACAUAAAACAGAAACUGAAGUUGUCAAAGAAGUUCUGGUUGAGCCUACCCGAGGCAAUGUGUGUGGAGGACAGAGUGACCGCUGGAAACACCAGUGAUGACGAUUGCUGGAAUGGACACACCAAGGGCAGGUACUUUCCUGAAGUCCAAAAGGACGGCCUCGCCAACCAGAUGAAUAACCCCGAGGUGGGCGUCGACAUCACACGUCCCGACACCUUCAUCCGUCAGCAGAUCAUGGCUCUGAGAGUGAUGACCAACAAGUUGAGAAAUGCAUACAAUGGCAAUGACAUCUCCUUUCAAGACACAAGCGAUGAAGGCAGCAGCUCAGGCAGCGGAAGCGGCUGCACAGAGGGCUGCACCACAGACAUGUACCGUGCUGCCACCGAAACCCCGGUGAUAAAAGCUGACCGGAGUGGGCCUGUGGAGGACUCUGCCCCACUCCAUCCACCUUUCAUAGCCGUGCCAACCAUGCUGGCUCUCUUAGCCCUAGCUCUGCACCAACAAUGGAGAUAAUGCUGGAGCAACAAGCUAGAUAUGGACUGCAGGGUUUUCUUUUCUUCUCCUCUCCAGUAGUUUUUGUAUUCAAGCACAUUGGAGCUACAGUCAAGCAAAGAGCAUUCAGGCUACCAGCUUUGAUGCUGCAGGAUUCUGCUCUGAGAAAGAGAGUAGUCAUCCACAUCAUGAUUUUCCACUUUUCCAAAGAUCAUGCAGUGCCAUCCCUAGACUUUAUAUUUCAUGGCAUCAUUUCAUUUUCUAAUAGUGAUGCGGAUCCAACAAACUCUGCUUCAGAGAUUUAAAACAAAUCUUCACAUUUCUUUCACAUGGCAAAUAUAAACAUAGAUUUCCAUUUGGAAAAAUAUAAUAUAGUAUGCACUUUGAGUUUUUUUAUUGCAAUUGUUUUGUCUGAAGAAAAUGUAAAAAAAGAUGUGGUUAAAUUAUGCACCUUAAGAAGGUACAAUAAGCUUAAUAAAUGUUUAGUAUAAUAAUAUAUUUUACAACAUUGAUGAUCUAAGUGCAAGAGGAUUCAGGAACCAUGCCCACCUUGGUUAGAAUGUGGUUAAAUAUAACUAUACCAGUUAUUGAUUUGUGAUGGAAAAAUAAUUAAUUCAAAUUUGUCUUUGUAAAUGCAAAUUCAGAGUUGAAUUUCUUCAUCUUUGUUACAAUUUCGAUAAUGUUUUACUUGUAGACACACGUAUCAUUGUUUCAUCCAGAAUCUGCACAGACUUUUAGAUAUUCACAAAAUCUGCUCAGCAGUGGCCUUGUGCUAAAACUGAUUUUAAGGAUUAGGAUUAACAUCUUAUAUACUUUGACAUGUACCAACUCCAUAAUCAUGCCGGUUUCUUGUAUAAGCUUCAGCAGUGGACACAAUUAGAAUAUGUUCUAAAUAGGGUAUUUUUCUUUUGUCUGCAGAGAAGGUGCCACCAAUUUAUAGUUAUAUAGCUCUAUGAUUAAACAGCUCUGUUAACAUUAUUUUUAAGAUGUACACACUUAAUAUAAUUUAAAAUAUGCACUCCAGGGUAAGAGUGGGCAAAAUACUAAUUAUUUUUGGAAUGUCAGCAAUAAUUGACUAAACUGGACUAAUUACCAAUCUUCCAUUACCACCAUAAGGGGCUUUUUUUAAGUGGGGUCCUGUAGGGUAGUUAUAACCAGUCAGUAUCUUAUCUUCAAUAGAUAACUUAGCAUUUUAACAUUGAUGAAACAAAAAUAAAACUUUUAAACUAACCUCCCAUUUGCAUGAGAUGCUUAUUUACUUAGAGGUCUAAAGCUAUUUAUUAUGAAGACUUCUGUAGUUUGUGGUCCAUUACAAUGACCUUUGUACGUUAAAAAAGAUGUGAAAUAGACCAGAUUUAGUCUAUACACACCAGUGUUUUGCAAGUUCAUGCUUCACAAAACCCAGUUAUAAUUUCAGUUCACACAGCUUAAAACUGAAUUAAUCCAUGUUCAUAGUUCACCGACUUAAUGUUCUGGUCUCCGGUCACACUAUCAACAUAACCUAUUUUACAAUCAUUUUUAAUCAAAUACAGUUUUUAAAAGUUAAACACAAUUUCAUGGACUAAUUAGCAUGUUGAUUAUGUCAUUUCAUAGUCUUUGCCGCCUGUCAUUUGCCAGAUCAUUCUCUUUGCUCAUAUAAACUGUAUUUUAGGCAGUGUGUAAGUGUGAAAAUUUGACUGAAAAGUGGAAAAUCUUGAUUCUGCUUUAGUACAUCAACUGGCAAAAUCUUCACUCAUGCAAAUUAUCCUUGAUGUUAUUUUUGCAAUACUUGCCUUGUAGAAGUGACAGAAUGCAUUUAGUUGCAGCUUCAGUCCUCUUCUCGUCUCUUUCGUACAUGGAAACCUCAACCUGGACUCUCUCCUAUUCAGCAGGAAGCUAAGAUGCGGAACCAAUUGGGCCGGGGUACAGAAACAACUCAGCAUAAUCUAGCCAUUUAAAACAGUCUAUGCUUGGGCCUUCAGCUUUUAUUUUUAGGUUUAAAGUGAGGGAAUAAGUAUACAUUAUCAUCAAUAACUUCCCACAAAGACAGAUAAAUGUGUUUAUAACAGCUUAAAGCAAACCAAAAUGGAAAUCACCAAGUCCUUGCCCUCAAAUGAAGCAGUUUAUCCUGAUCGAGUCCUAAUCGAUGUCACAAAGGAACAGUUCAUCCUCCUGUUGUAAGAAACCGCUUUGUUUCAUUUAGAGUUGUUUGAAAAGGUUUUUUCCACUCAUGUACAGGCUCAUUUGAACAGAUUCAUACCCAGAUAACACUGAAACAAAAAUAUUUUAGCAGUUAAAAACACAAUUGUAUUUUUCUGCCUUACUAUAUCAUCAGAUAGUUGCUCUGUCCAGAGGCGCUUAAUAACGUUCUGUGUUUCACAUAGAAAGGUAAUUUCAAUGGACAACGAACCAACGCAGUCUUUAUUGUAAAUAACAUUAGACAUCUAUCUAAUAUAACCAUCUUUACCAAAAUUAAACACAGCUUAAAAAGGCAUUUGCAUUGCCCAUUAUUGCAUUUGUUUUCUUAAAUUGGAGUUGUUUAGGGUGAUAGAUUAUAGUUACUGUAUAUAAUUUUGUGAUGGCACUGUUCUGAGAUCAAAUAUAAUCUAUUUCAUCAAAAUGAAGACACUAAGAGAUCUAUCUACUGCAAGUAAGUCAAUGACUGCUCAAAAUGCCUUAACAAAAAUUAUCUGAACAAACCUUUUAACACCAAUGGCUACAAAGACAGUCAGAUUAGGAGAUUCCUAAUAGCCAUCGCAAAUCAAAUGUGUCCCACUAAUUUAUUCAGUCUGAACAACAAUUAAGUUAGAUGACAGUAAAAUUUGUUUAACAUUUAUUGUUAAUAAGAGCAAACCCAUAUUCUUGUGCUGCUGUAAACUAUAUGAAAGCCUCAGAAUACUUUACACAUAUUUACCAAAUAUCGUCAGAUAUUUCAUACUUACUGGAACUGCAUUUAGAAAAACGUAAAAACAUGCUACUUUUGUGUGUAUUGAUUAAUUGUAGUAGUAUUUAAAUGAACACUGUCGCAUAAGAAAGUAAUCUCAGACAGUUUUUAAAAAAGUCAACUCCAAAUCACAGAAUUGAAAAGAACAAACUGUACAAACACAUAUUACCAUACUUCUAGGAUGUGUGGGAGUUAUUAAGAGAGGCAAGCAGCAAACAGCACACAUUGGUGACAGGGAAUGCUAAGAAAGACUCCCUGAAUUUAUCUGGAAAGCUUGAAUGGUUAUGUCUGCAGCACAGACAGGCUUGAAGCCGACCACAGUCACCUGUGAAAUGAGAAUCUGUGGGGACCGGACAGGGUUGAAUGCUUCAGUGAAGCUCCUCAGUAGAGCAUACUUACACAGAAUGUGAGAGGCCUUGGCACCGCUGAGGGGCACGGACAAAACCAGUCUGGAUGUACGCUCCCUGUUCCCUGAGAGCCUGUCAGGUUCAUAACUAGUGGGCCGACUGAGUGUACACAUCCACAGAAUUAGCCCUUCACUAUGUAUCGAGGAACAUUUAAGCUUUUUAGUUUUGUUUUUAAGUACUCAUUUACAUCCACUGUGAAAGAACAACAAUACAGAGAUAUGUGUUUAACUGAAAAUGAUUCUUUAUUCUGACUUUUAAUCUCACAAGAUGCCCUUUUUAUGUUUUUUAAUCAUUGAACUUUUAUUAUUUUUGCAAUAAAAUGUUAAAACCACAGCUAAUCCAGUGCUGAAUUACAUCAAUUCUUCACAAGUCGCAUUUAUUUUUAGUUUGUAGGUAUGGUGAUUGCAAGAUGAUUGCAUUUCUGUUUUAUUACUAUUGAGAAUAAAUUCUGAACAUUUUUUUAAACUGA